AUGCCUGCCCCAGGCGACCAACAUACCUCGUGGGAAAACCCAUUUGAGGAGGCUAAACCACGAGUUUCGGGCUGGACAGCCAAGGAAAUUGCUACAAUUGCUUCGAAACUUGACAAGCAACUCGGCCCAGAAUACAUUUCGUCACGGUCCGGACCUGGUGGUUCACGCGUGCAUUACCUUACAGCUGAGAAAGUAAUUGGCUUAGCCAACGAAGUAUUUGGAUUCAAUGGAUGGUCAUCGUCCAUACAGAAUAUUCAAGUCGACUUUGCCGAUGAAAACCCUCAAACCCAGCGCGUCAGCAUCGGCCUCUCGGUGAUCGUUCGGGUUACCCUGCGAGAUGGAACAUACCACGAAGAUAUCGGUUACGGCUCAAUAGAGAAUGCCAAGGGAAAGGCAAUGGCCUUUGAAAAAGCCAAGAAAGAAGGCACAACAGACGGACUGAAGAGGGCGCUCCGAAGCUUUGGAAAUGUUCUUGGCAACUGCAUCUACGAUGCAGACUACGUGAAACAGGUCACAAAGGUCAAGGCGCAACCUGUGAAGAAAUUUGACCAAGAUAAUCUCCACAGACAUUCAGACUUCGUCAAGAAGGACGCCUCGAUGAGUGGGAUACCUGUGACGGCCGGGCCUAUCAAGAACACGACUAGGCCAGCUACCGUAAAGGUGGAAGCUACGGAGUCUUUUGAAGACUUCCUCGGUGUAGAACUCGACGAGGCCGACUUCUGUGUUCCAGGAGAAGGCCACCCGGACGAAAUCGUUGUUCACCAGCCGGGCCCCGUGCAGGCACAAGUACAGCAUUCAAAGCCGCCAUCCAAGGAGCCAGGGCAAGCACAAGCACAGGGACCAAGCCGUCCAACAACUAGGGCAAUAUCAGGAGGUUCUGGGAACCGAGCACCGCAAACACCGAAUAGUGGUGGAAAUGUGCAAUCUGGUGGCGCCGUUCGAGAUUCGCCGCAGAUGAACAACAUGCCUGCCCCGCCAAUGCCUCCUCCAGGGGCCGAGACAGCAAUGUUUUUCUCCGCUAGAUCUAUCAGCCGCAAUACUGAUGCCAGGGAACAGGGGCUGGCCAGCUCCCACGCUUUCAAUCCUAAAGCUGAAAGUCCUUCAAUCAGGAAAACGCCAGGGAUUGACCAUACAUUGUCAAAACCGGUUUCCAGAAACGGACAACACGUCCCGCCGGCGAACAGCCAGUCUGGUGCACCACCAUCUAGCGCUACUGGCUUUACUCCAGUCCGACCAGGGGGAACGGCAACUAGAGGCAAUCUUGUCAACCCAUCUCUUGACCAAGCACGAAGGAUUGGUGCGCCUGGGGGUCCUGGAAGCCCCCUAGCAAACAGAGGAAGCUAUAAACCACCCACAAUGAAGAGACCUUUACCUGGUGAGACAGGCGCGGCAAGAGCUCCCUUGAUUGACCUACCAGCCAACACAACUGCGCAAGGCAACGGAACGAAUGCGGCCGCCACAACGGGAGGUGCCGGUCUCGAUGCGAAGAGACAGAAGACAGGCUAG